AUGUCUGAAACAAAUUUACAAAACCCACGUUCAGGAAGGCGUCAGUAUCUCAUUACCUACUCACAAGCCGAUAUAAGUAAGUUCCCCACGAGAGAGAGUUUUGGUAAAAUGCUGGAAAACGAGUUCAAUGCAGGGUCUAGCCAAGUCAAGGUGUCACAUUGGGCCUGCUGUAAGGAGCCACAUGAAGAAAAUGGCUUUCAUUAUCAUUGCUGUUUGAAGCAGACAGGGGUAAAAAAGUGGUUGUCAAUUAAGAACGCAAUCACAAAGAAACAUGACAUAGUGGUUAACUUCUCAGAUCAUAAUCAGUACAUAUAUGCGUACCGUUAUGUCUGUAAAACUGACAAGGACGUUGCUCAUAGUGACAAUCAUCCUGACCUUUCCGAAGUGGGAUCUCCACGCACUAAAGCUUCAACUGUAGCUCUUCGAGAAGCGGGCCGAAAAAGAAGGUCGACCAAUACAAACGCGGAGGCGACAGCCAGUCGUGAAAGAGGAAAUCAGAAAAGACGGCACCUUAGUAAUCUUGAAGUGGGUGAUUUCAUUGUUGCUAACAACAUCACCACUGUGCAACAGCUAUUUGCUAAGGCUGAUGCUAGAAAGCAGGAGGGUGAAAGCGAUCUCGCUAAUUUCUUGUUCUCCCGAACGCAGAAAACCAUUGCCGAGCUGAUGAGCAAGUCGUGGUUGCUGAAGCAGGCGUCUUCAGAAAUACAGCGAGACGAAAUCACAAGAAUCGAAAAAGUUAGAAAUGCAGCGGAAAAUGCCUGCGUUGAUGGGUGCAACGGUAGUUGGCUUGAGUACUAGUGUGCCAUAGAAGUGCUUUCGCUGAAUGGUAUAGAAUUAACUAUUUUUGCCUCGUACAUAUUUGAGCUUCUAGCUCGAGGUCGGGGGAAAUUCAGAAAUCUGAUGAUCUCCGGCCAAACCAACUGCGCCAAAACGUUUAUGUUGAAGCCCUUGAAGUGCAUCUUUGAUGACCGAUUGUUUGACAAUCCUGCGAAUGACAAGUACGCUUGGGUUGGUGCCGACAAGGCAGAGGUGAUUCUCUUGCAAGAUUUUCGCUUCAGCAAAGAAGUCAUCACAUGGAAAGAUCUCCUUCUCCUACUUGAAGGAGAGACGGUUAAGCUACCUGCUCCCAAGAAUCAUUUUGCCAAUGAUGUUGUCAUAUCUUCUGAUGUCCCGAUUUUCGCAACGUCAAAAGCACCUAUAGUGUACAAAGGGCCUUACAACGUGGAAGACGAGCGUGAAACAGAGAUGAUGAACAGUCGUUGGAGAAUGAUUCGCUUCAAACAUGCAUUCGAGGAGAAAGAUCAAAAGAAGGUGGAGCCGUGCGGAAGUUGUUUUGCUAGGCUUGUACUAUUGGGAGAGAAGUGA